UUCAAUGUUUACAGGCUUUUCAUGAUCUCCGACUCCGAGCAUUGUGAGUGUGUUGUUAUUCCGACAAAAUUUUCAUUUGGGAUUUGGCGGAAAUUGCAACUUCGGAUCUUAUGGAACACCAACUUCUUGUCUUUCUCUCUACUCCCUCCCUAUAUCUAUUUCCAGCUCCAUUACUACUUUCCCAUAAUGGAUAGGAACGUUGUAGAACCAUGCAAAAAUCAGGACAACAGAAUUGAGAUAAGAAGAAAAUCAUCUGAAUCAUUAGCAGAGGAAAAACUUACACAAUGCAACUCUCAAACACCUCAGCAAGAUAAGCUGCCUCCACUUGUUAACGCACUGAAGACUAAAGCCGAACAAAACGUUGCCAGUUUUCACUUCCCUGGUCAUAACAGAGCCCUCGCUGCACCGUCUUCGUUAACACGGCUUAUUGGUGUUGAACCUUUCGUUCAUGACUUACCGAACACGUUGCCAGAGCUUGACAACCUCUUUUGUCCCGAAGGUCCCAUUUUAGAUGCUCAACAGCAAGCAGCCAAGCUGUUUGGGUCAUCAGAAACAUGGUUUCUUGUUGGAGGUACUACAUGUGGAAUACAAGCAGCAAUCAUGGCAACCUGUUCCCCUGGAGACAUUCUAAUUCUCCCUCGGAAUUCUCAUAUAUCAGCUAUAUCUGCUAUGAUAUUUUCUGGUGCGGUGCCUAAGUACAUCAUCCCUGAUUAUAACUCUAACUGGGACAUCGCUGCUGGGGUCACUCCAUCACAGGCAAGUCUGAUUAAUUGCAAUAGUCACGGUUAUAGUGCUCGGAAUUUCAGCUAUUAA